GAAAAUGGGAAAUAAAUUUAUCCAGGCUAAGACAGGAGAAAAUAAAAAUAAAAGAUAGAAUAUGGCUAUUCAUCUACGACAAUAUUCCGAACUUUAUCCGAAUAUUCUCCGGAGAUUGUUCCGCGUCGCCAUCGUGUCUACAUCGUUUUAGGCAACGUUUUGCGGUUCAUUCGGGAAACGUGAUCGUUCGUGACGGGACCGUUCGUCUAAUGGAGCCUUGGCAAUACAGCGCUCUCAACGCCAAAUUCGCAUCGUUACAGCAACAGCUAACCAGAAAGCCACCACCACAAAGUUUUAGCCAAGGUGCUAUCAAUAAUUGUGAGAGAGUUCAAGGAACACCCUUUGUCUCAAUGGAUUCAUCACAGGUUCGCACUGGAAUCAAGAGAAAAGCUGAAGAUGUCUGCCCAAAUGAACUGUCUAUCACCAAGAACCGGUCUGUCCUUCAGCUAGAUGUGUACACACAGACAGAUGAAUCAUUGCUCCUAUCACAUCACUUAUCCAAGAACUUGCAAAGCAAAAUUCGAGAUGUGAUGGAGGAGGGAGGGGAGGUUGCUUCAAAGCCUUUCCUUUACACUCUUUUAAUACAUCUUGAGGUUCCUUGCACUUUCGAGACAUCAGCUGGUCGACAAUUCCAGAUGACCCAGAAGAAACUCGAGGAGAUUGAAAAAGUGCUACAUGCCUUAGGGAACAAGGUUGAUAUGAUACUAUCUUCGAGUCACAAAGAGAACGACGUCAAAGUUGAGCGAAUGAUUGAUGCUAAUUCGCCCUCUCCCGCAAGUUCACCGGAAACGCCUGCCACACCCUGUGAAUUGUACCCAUCCACGGCCAACGCUUUCUCUGUCACGCCCAAUAUAUCGUCACUGUCACAGAAGGGGACAAAUGGUUGGUCUGGUGGAAUGCCACAAUCAACCGGCAACGCCGCGCAACAGCUGCUAGACAUCAGUGUGCUUGACGUAGGACCCAACACCACCUUUCCUUUGAUCAUCGCAUCCGAAGACAAGUGCAGCUCAACGGAGGCCACCGUACAGGACCUGGCUAAUGGGAACGUCACGCUAGACGGCAUUGGGCCUGUCUCGCUCAUCCGGGGAUGUUGGCUUGGUGACCGCGCCGACCCGCGGUCCCGCGUGUGGUAUAGUGGUGAGCCCAAGACUAUCAUGCAGGCGGAGAGUGCUGGAGGUAACCCUGUCAAGCUCGCGCUCAACCUCAUGGACGCACUCUUCACGCGCGAGGAGAUGGCAGCUUCUAACGUGUCCGGCGCGCGAGGACACGAAGUUCUCGAUCCGGUCAAGAUCAAGGCCAUUCAAGCUCAUGUGAAUUUCAAGUUCCCGUUGGAUUCGCUGAAAGAAGACAUGCGAUGGCAUCUUCUCAAGCCUCGUAUCGACAGCAAAUGCCGCGCGCAGCGACGCCAGAUACGAGAGCAGGCAUGCGCAACGGAGUCAUCAACUGCAGGCCCUAUGGAUAGUGGGCACGCUCGCAAACGGGGCCGACCAUAUAAGGCCGUUAUCAACGCUAAAGUAAAGGACGAGCUAUUGUACGGAUGCGGAAAGUCGAACGCAGGUCUUAUAGAGCCCGAAUCAACGUCGCCUCGCCCCAGGGCCCCCUCGUAUGACGAGACCGUCGCUGUGUAUGGGGAGACUGGAGACACUAUGACGCAAGUUGUGGAUAUCGCAGCGCAUGCGCAUAACGCGCUAGGAUUCGCCAGUAAUUCUCUACAGCAGCAUCAAUAAACACAAUGACACGGGGUCUCGCGUAAUACGCCGAAUCUCAUACACGUUGAUCAGAAAUAGCGGAUCCUAGGGGAUGUGUUACAUAUCUACGUCCUGCCAUAUGAAUUACAUAAUGGUACUCCCUCUCCCCCCAAUAUGACAUGAGAUACCCAGUUUUAACAGUUGCUAUUCUGUUUUCAUGUUGCUGAAAUUGUGUUUUUAUUGGCAGGAUCGUGAAUCAAUACAAAUUUAGUUAUCUAUUUUUCAUAAUAAAAGAGUUUUAUGGUCA